AUGACGCAAAAAGGUAGAGCCAUCAAAGAGCCAGAUGAUAGGCAAGUUCUGCCAAGUGUAGAAAGGCUGGCUAUAGUUGACAUUGCAGAGAGCAGUAAUAAGGAGUAUAAAGACAGGAAUGGAAAGGUAAUUACUAUGGAAAAGGAUGCUGGUGAACAUUACAGUGGCUUCAAAUCUUACUCCCACAUGAGUCAUGGCAAUCACAUUGGAAAGAUCAUUCAUGAUGGAGUUACGCAAAAGGGACUCCCAGAGGUUCUAGGAUGGUGUUACAAGGUUGUAGUUUACUAUUUGGAUUAUGAUUAUAAUAACAGGAUUCCCCUCCUUGUAGAUAUUUACAUAGGGAAUGGCAAAACGAGCUACAAUAACUCUGCCAAGGAAGUUAAUCAAUGGUCCCAUAUAGUAAACUUUUCCGGGUCUACACGUAGAGAGCAACUCCUAAGGAUCUCUCAGGACAUUGGAUUUCCUAUAAGCAUAAAUGUCAAGGCUGAGCGUGACUAUGUAGUUGGUAAUAAUAAAGACUUUCCGCAUGUACUCGUCGAAUAUAAGAGACUUUACACUGCGUUUGCAAAAUAUGUCCAUAAAAUCCCUGGAGAGAGGAUGAGGGUAAUAUCAACCCAGCUUGGGAAAUUUGACCAUAAUUCUAGAGAUAGAAACCUCUAUAGGCGCAUAUACAACUCUGCAUCCGUUUACUAUUGGGUUGGAGAUAAAGACCUAAAACUGCCGCUAUUCCUCGAACUUCACUCCACCGAGUCUCAUCUGUACAAAUUAAAUAACAAUCACUGGGUUCCAAUACUCAAACCUUUAACUUUUGACGAACUUUUGGACCAAGAAAACUUUGAUAGAAACAAGGUGAUCCCAUUUGACAUGUCAAAAACGUCAACUUGCAGAUACAUGAGAAGUGCAUAUGUGACUAAAAAACCGUUUUUGGAUUCGUCUGAAUCCUUAAAAGUUGAAGCUUUCCGUUACAAGGCUCAAAAGGAGUACCAAUUUAGCAGAAUAAAGGACGGAACAAAACACCAAGUUGGAUUCGAUUCUGCAUUUAAAUCGACCAUUAACGUGAUUUACACGUAUUCAUUCCCCAAUGGAAUGAGUCCUUAUUUAAUCCACUUACCACAGGCUGGUAAGAAAUGGUACAUUUAUAUAAGGGAGAAUACUUGGGGUGUAGUUUCGAAUAAUCUCCCCAAAGAUGAAAAGGACCUUGAGAGCAUUUAUAAACUCCUGGAAGCGUUCGAUGACGGGAGAAGUGACGCUUCUACGGAAUUCAGCGACUUUUAUGAAGUGGAAAAUGUUAAAAUUGAAAAUGAGGUUGAAGUGGAGAUUAUCCAAAAAUCGUCCUCGUGGAAUAAACCUACAUGGUUAACUGUACUAGAAGCUGCCAUAGACAUUUCAUGGAAAGUUUUACUCGGAUUAGUGUGCUACAAGUUCAUCAAGAAGAGAGUAUAG